GUCCGGGCUUCUCUCAGGCGGAUCCGAGCCCGCUGCAAGCCCGGUGGAGUUGUUUGCCUGGCAGGUCCCGCCGAGGAAAAAGUCAGGAAUGUGGAAGGUCCUGGCGUAUCUCUUGCUGCCCGCCUGGGCAGGGAUGCAGCCCGGGGUGCUGGGCAAGGGGGCCCCGGAGCGCUCUCAGCAUCGCCUGCAACACGGAUCCUGCACCUACACGUUCCUGCUGCCCGAGCUGGGAGGCUGCGAUGGCCCGGCGGCUGCUCCUGCUCCUGCCGCCGCCGCCGCCGCCGCCCCGUUCCAAGUGUCCAACUCGCUCCAGAGGGAUGCGCCGCCCUUGGCCGAAGCCCAGUGGCCCGUCCAGCGACUGCAACAGCUGGAGACCGUCAUGGAGAACAACACCCAGUGGCUGCAGAAGCUGGAGAGUUACAUCCAGGACAAUGUGAGGAUGGAGAUGUCAGAGAUCCAUUUAAGUUCUGUACAGGACCACACGGCAGCCAUAUUGGAAAUUGGGACCAACCUCCUUAACCAAACUGCUGAGCAAACCCGGAAGCUCACCGAUGUAGAGAUACAGGUUCUCAACCAAACAUCCCGCCUGGAAAUUCAAGUUUUGGAAAAUUCCCUGUCUACCAACAAGCUUGAGAAACAGCUGCUUCUGCAGACCCACGAAAUCAGCAGACUCCAGGAGAGAAACAGCUUCCUAGAGAAAAAAAUGUUGGCUAUUGAAAACCAACGUGAUGAGGAGCUACAGGGCCUGAGGACUGAGAAGAUGGAAAUGCAGAAUCUACUUUCCAAGCAGGUGGACCUUGUUGGGCAUCUGGAGCAACGCCUGGGUGUUGCCUUGCUGAACAACACAGCCCUCCACAAACAACAAACAUCUUUGGCAGAGACAGUGAAGCAUCUGAUAGGAUUGGUGUCCCAGUGCAACCAUGUUUCUUUCACUCUGCCAGAGGAGCAGAAGGUCUUCAAGGAUUGUGCAGCUGCAUACAAAGCGGGGUUUUCUACCAGUGGAGUCUACAACCUUCGGCUCCCCAAUACUACAGCCACUGUAAAAGUGCUGUGUGACAUGCAGACAAGUGGAGGAGGCUGGACCGUUAUCCAACACCGGAAAGAUGGUUCUGUGGAUUUCCAACGCACCUGGAAGGAAUACAAACAGGGCUUUGGGUCCCCACCUGGAGAGUACUGGUUGGGCAAUCACUUCAUCCAUCUGCUCACCACACAGAACCGCUACUCUCUACGGAUCAUGCUCCAGGACUGGGAAAACAAUGAGGCUUAUUCUGACUUUGAGCAUUUCCAAGUGGGCUCUGAGACGCAGAACUAUCGACUCUAUGCGUGGAGAUACAGCGGUACGGCUGGGCGCACCAGCAGCCUCAGCCCCUCGGGAACCGACUUCAGCACCAAGGAUGCUGACAACGAUCGAUGCGCAUGCAAGUGUGCCCAGAUGGCAGGUGGAGGCUGGUGGUUUGAUGCCUGUGGACCUUCUAACCUGAAUGGCAUCUAUUACCCUCCCAAUCCUGCCACAAUCAGAUACAAUGGCAUGAAGUGGCACUACUGGAAAGGGCCUGGACACAGCCUCAAAGAAAGCACCAUGAUGAUCCGUCCCGUGGAUUUCAGAGAGGAGCAAGAAGGGGUGCUGUGAUCUGUCACAUGGCAGAAGGAGAGGAGAAGGAGGCGCCCUUCUUGUUUCUACAAAAUUGGUGGACAAUUGCGAAUCCUUGCAUCAUGAACAAAACCUCUUCUAGAUAUGUAUAUAUUUAAAAAAAAAUGUGUGGCAUACACCUCACUGUGGAAAUUUCACAGGAGAUCUGGAAGGUGUUGCCUUUUUGUUGCUUUCAUUGGGGGAAAACAAUUAGUCUUGAGCUUCUCAACUUUAUCAACUUGAAGAGGUAUGGAUGAUUUCAACUCCCAGAAUUCUAAGCUGGCUGAGGAAUUCUGGGAGUUGAAGUCCAUGUGUCUGAAAGUUGCUGAGUUGAGAAAUGCAGAAUUGGACAGUCAAAGAGAAGCAAAUGCGUGUCAUUAAAGGAAACAAUCCUGGCCUUUGUAUAAUAUUUGUUGCCCAAAGAUUGCACUGUGAUUCUGGGCUCUCCUGGAAGGGAUCAGAAAUACGUUUCGAAUGAGAAUUGCCUAUCUUUGAUGUAGGUAGAAAGACAAGGAACAAAACUGUAACACUCCAUUGAUAAAAAAUAUUUGGGGGGUGGGGGAGUUGACAUCAGCAAUGACAUUCCUUGUCUCCCCGCCAUUCUUUCUUCUGAACUCCUCAAGCAUGAACCAUGUGCUUCAGACAGCUGGCCUUUUAGUACCAGAAUUCAGGAAUUCCAAGAAAUGGCAACUUGACGAACAAGGGUGGGGGGUGUUCAUGUGUGUGCGUGUGUCUCUGUUCAAUGCAGGUGUUUCUGUUAGGCCUGCGUGUCUAUGAUUCUCAGGGGAAACAGGUGCAGGUAGUCCUCAACAUACAACCACAAUUAGGAUAAGAAUUUCUAUUACUCAGCAAGGCAGUCGUGAAUUGCACCUGAUUUUAUGACCUUUUUUGCCACAAUUGUGAAGUGGGUUGCUGCAGUCGUUCAGCAAUUCCUGUGGUUAUUAAGCAAAUCUGACUUCCCUAUUGACCUUGUUGGUCAGAAGUCAGCUGCGAGUGGUGAUCUCACAAUCCUAGAUGUUGCAACCAUUAUAAAAUACAUGCCAAGCAUCUGAAUUUUGAUCUUGUAACUAUGGAGAUGCUGCAGUGGUCAUAAGUGUGAGGCCCAGUUGCAAGUCACUUUUUUCAGUGCCAUUAUUACAACCAAUGAUGGUUAUGCAAAUGGUUGUAAGUUGAGGGCUACCUAUAUGCAAAUUAGCUACCAAUUUUCUAGCAUAUUAUAUCUGCAUCAUUGCUCUCUUGGAGCCAUUUGUUUACAUAUUAAUUGCUGAGCUGAACUCAUGAAACCUCUUGUGCAAAGUUUAAUUGCAAAUACUUAGGAUAUUUUCAAUUUUUUUAAAAAAAAUACUGGGAUUACCGUAUUAUGGUUCAGAACUCUUAGACUUGGGACUGUUUUAAAAUUCAAGUAUUUUAUCUACAAUAUGUUUUCAUUUAAAAAAAAACUGUAAAAAGGAAUUGAAUAAAAUA